UAUAUGCGAGCUCAAGUUGGGCCAGCAUCAAAGGAUUUGUUAACCGUAGCUGACUUCAAGAAAUUCUUGGAAAGUCCCGAAACAUCAGUGGUUGGUCUAUUUGAGAAGGAGAGCGAUUUGAAGGGAACUUUCCUCAAAUAUGCUGAUAAAAUGCGUGAGAAAUUGCGUUUUGGUCACAGCACUGCACCUGAAGUAUUGAAAGAAGCAGGAGAAGCUAACGCCAUCGUAAUCUUCCGUGCUCCUCAAUUGCACAACAAAUUUGAACCUUCCUCUGUCAAGUUUGAGGGCGAAACUCUUGGAGAAUUGACUGAAUUCGUACAGGCUAACUUCCAUGGUUUGGUCGGUCAUCGCACCCGUGAAUCCACUCAAGAAUUCAAGGUUCCACUUGUUGUUGCCUACUACAAUGUCGACUAUGUCAAGAAUCCUAAAGGAACUAACUACUGGCGUAAUCGUGUAUUGAAAGUCGCAAAGGAAUUCGCGGGACAAAUCAAUUUCGCUAUUAGCGUUAAGGAUGACUUCCAACAUGAAAUCAAUGAAUACGGCUACGAUUACACCGGUGAAAAGCCAUUGAUCUUGGCUCGUGAUGCUAAGAAUCAGAAAUUCAUAAUGAAGGAUGAGUUUUCUGUUGAAAGUUUGCAAAACUUCGUAUCGAACCUUGAAGAUGGAAAACUUGAUCCCUACGUUAAAUCUGAACCGAUCUCAGAAUCAAACGAUGCACCUGUUAAAGUUGCAGUUGGCAAAAACUUCCGAGAGAUUGUGUGUUCCUCGGUGGUGUUUUCGGAUACUUGCAAUUGCUUAGUGGUACUUGGAAUGGAUCAGCAGUGA